CCACCAUCAGGAAGAAGGUUCAAGAACCUGAAACAUUUUCCAGUGAACCAGGCAAGUUUAAAGGGAGCAGGAUGCUGAGCCCCAGUGAGUUUAAAGGGAACACAGGAAACAAAACCUGGCAAACGUGUCAAUAGCUUCAUAUUGUAAGUUUCACCUCGCAUGUUUCAGCUUGUUGAGGACCACAGUCUAGGAUCCUGCUACCUCAGGACUGUGGAGCCAAACAUAGCACCAAGACCGUGUUUAAAUUCACCGUUGAUACCAUGGCUGUUGGAAGAAGAAUGGGUAAUGAUAAAACAGUCCAGGAGAGAGACUGAAGUCUGAUUGAAUGGUGCCACAACAACAGUCCUGCUCUCAACGUCAGCAAGAGCAAGGAGCUGAUUGUGAUCUUCAGCAGGGAAAAGCUGAGGAUUCACAAACCUGUCUUCAUUGACAUGACCGCCAUGUUCAAGAAUAACUUCUUCCCAGCAACCAUCAGGUUCUUGAACACUACACAAUGUUAACGUUGUAAUCCGUGAACUUCUAUGGACUACACAGUAUUAAGAAACAGACUUCACCGCAGCUGGCAUCCAGCACAAGAACUGCUUCAUAGCGUCUAACAGAUUGGUUUCAGGUUCGAGGGAGCAUCAGAGCCAGUUUCAAAUGCUGACUGUUUCUCACUGGGACGAGGUGCUGUGAAGGAGACAGCUCACUGGAGACUUGUACUGGAUCUUAAACCACAGAACAGAAGCAGUCACAACAUACUCAGGGCGAAAGAAGAAAAAAGAUUUUGGAAGAACAUAAAAUCAUGGGAUGUGGUAAUUCUAGAGUUAAAUUUAAAUCAACAAAGAAGGUAACAAAAGAACAUCACCAAUGCACAGCUGGGACAGCUAUCAAGGCAGCCAUUCUCAUCCAGAGGUGGUAUCGCCAGUACGUGGCACGGAUGGAGGUACGCAGGCGGUGUACCUGGACCAUUUUCCAAUCCAUCGAAUAUGCGGGGGAGCAGGACCAGAUCAAGCUCCAUAACUUCUUCAGCUGUUUGAUGGACCAUUUUACUCCGGCUUGCGGCAAUGAGCAAGGUUUUAUUUCCCACAUUAUUACUCAGACAGAUGAGACAUGUAAGGAUAAUCAGUCCGCCUAUGAUAACAUCGAGGUUUCAGACGCUUACGUUGGCCCCCAACUCUGUUUCCCUCUGACGCCUGCACAUGUCACUGCCUUACUAGAAGCCUUCAAAGAAAAACAACAGCAACUUCAUGCUCGCUAUGUAUUGCAACUUCUGAAUGAGACCAGGAAACAUCUGGAGCAUUUGCCAAACAUCAACCAGGUCUCUACCUGCUACAGUGAAGAGAUCACCAUUUGUGGUGAUUUACAUGGAAAAUUGGACGAUUUAUUUUUAAUAUUCUACAAGAAUGGACUUCCAUCCCCAGAGAAGGUGUAUGUCUUUAAUGGCGACUAUGUCGACAGAGGCACGCACUCCAUAGAGAUUCUGCUGAUCUUGUUUGCUUUUCUACUCGUCUAUCCAAAAGGAGUCUACUUAAACAGAGGAAACCAUGAAGAUCAUAUCAUCAAUUUAAGAUAUGGUUUCACGAAGGAAGUGAUGCAAAAAUACCAGGUGCAUGGAAGUAGAAUAUUGAAAUUACUACAGAGUGUUUUCAGUUGGUUGCCUUUAGCCACUGUUAUAGAUGAGAAGGUGUUGAUUAUACAUGGGGGCAUUUCAGAAACAACAGAUUUGAAUUUUCUGCGCAAGAUUGACAGACACAAGUACGUUUCAAUCCUGAGGCCGCCUAGAAGAAGGAGAAUUGAAUGGCACAAGCAUGCUUCAGGGCAGGAGCAGCUCUGUGGUGAGGGUAGUGAGCAUAACGUAAAGCUCAAUCAAACACCAAAGAAGAAUACAGACUCAGAUGUCCUUCGACUUCAUUCUCACACGAACAACACGAGCAAGAGUUCUAGCACGUUAUCCGUAAAGAAAAAAGAAAUCACGAAGCGAGUGCAUCGCUCGGUCGAUGAGGAAUUAGAAAAAUGCCGUAGACAAGUAGGCUUCAGCAACGUGUAUGAAGAUUCUAAGUCACUGACUGGGUCAGAUUCAGACUCAGAUGAGCAUGAAAGGAGGCAGAUCGUGGACAUUUUAUGGAGUGACCCGAUGCACCAGGAAGGCUGCAUCACAAACUCAGUCAGAGGAGGUGGAUGCUACUUUGGACCUGAUGUAACAGAGAAGAUUCUACGCAAACACAAUCUGCAGCUCCUGAUCAGGUCCCAUGAGUGUAAACAAGAGGGCUACGAAUAUUGUCACAACCAAAAGGUCCUGACUAUAUUUUCUGCUUCAAAUUAUUACGAAAUUGGCAGCAACAGAGGUGCUUAUGUGAAGCUCGGGCCUGAUCUCAUUCCUCACUUUGUGCAGUAUCAGGUCAAUCAAAGUACACGCAAGCUAACCCUGAGGCAAAGGGUGAGCAGAGUUGAGAGGUCAGCACUGGGAGCUUUACGGGAGAAAAUUUUUGCCCACAAAUCGGACCUCAUUAGUGUUUUUGAGCAUUAUGACAAGAAUAAAACAGGUAACAUUUCCUUGAAAGACUGGGCAAAUGCUCUGGAAUCCGUCUUGGCUCUGGGUCUGCCUUGGCGCGUUUUACGAUCCCAACUUGUGCCCAGUGCUCCUAAUGGGCUUCUGAAUUUUCACCUAUGGUUCGAUGACCUUGCGAUAGAGAGACCCAAUGCACAGUACAUACAACCCAGCUUACUAGAAACGCUUUACAAAAGCAGGUCUGAGCUGGAGACUAUUUUUGGAAUUAUCGACAGCGACAACUCUGGCCAGAUAUCAUUUGAGGAAUUUAAAAAAACUUGGCAACUCUUGAGUUCUCACCUCGAGAUAAGUGAUGAGGCGAUCAGCGACCUGGCUCGCAGCAUGGACUUCAACAAGGACGGAAGCAUUGACAUCAACGAGUUCCUUGAAGCUUUCCGUCUGGUCGAUAAAUCCAAUUACAAGGACUGAAUUAAGAACAGAACUGCUGGAAAUACAUGUCAUGGCACAUUGAUUAUUAACUUCCACAUCUACAUUUACUUUGUGUCCAUCACACCUUUUCUAAUGUCACGUUCCAUACAAUUUCUUUAUCAUCAGCCAAGUGUUCCUCUUUAUUGCCCACACCCCAGUCCAUUCAAUUUCCUGCAUUUAUCAUUGCACCCAUUUCCUCGUUAUUGGAGAAAUGGAAUAGGUGACGUUUCUGGUUGAGACCCAUUCAUCAGACUGAAGGGUGUUGACCCAAAACGUCACCUAUUUCUUUUCUCUAGAGACGCUGAGUUACUCCAGCAUUUUGUGUCUAUCUUUGGUGUAAACCAGCACCUGUAGUCCCUUCUUACAAGUUAUUCUUUAUUGCAUGGCCUGCCUCACCCUAAUCCUAUCCAUUUUCUGCAAUUAUCAUUGUACCCAUUUCUUCCCCCCCCCCCCCUCCACCUUUAAAGGGUUUUCUUGAACUUUAAUCCAGACUAUCAUCAAAUUAUCCUUGAACAUUUAUUGAAUCCCAGUUAUGAAGUACAUCUCACCUUGUCCUUUGGGUAGGAAGGAACUGCAGAUGCUGGUUUAAACCGAAGAUAGAUACAAAAAGCUGGAGUAACUCAGUGGGACAGGCAGCAUCUUUGGAGAGAAGGAAAGGUGACAUUUCGGGUCGAGACCCUUCUUCAGGCUUCAGACUGACGGACGCUACCCGACUCGUUGAGUAUUUCCAGUGUUUUCUAUUUUUAUUUAAGAUUGCUAGAAUCUACAGUAUUUUGCUUUUGUAUAAUUAAUUUCACAAUGGACAACUGAACCAAAUUGAUUAAGUAAACGACAUUGUCAUAUUGACAUAGAUACAUUUAGAUGCGCCUUAAACAAAAGUAAACAAGCACAUUGAAUCCCAAAAGAGAAAUAUCAGCCUUGAUCCAACAGUAUAGGCCUUUUUUCUAAUUUAACAUCAAGUUUAGUUCUACAUUUAUCUUGCUAUGUUUAUAAAAACAUAAAGCAAACACUAAUCAUUAUCUGUGCCUGAAAGGUUUUACUCAAAUGUGCCAGUGAUUAAUUUCUGCAUUAUUGAGAAAAUUCUUCGAUUAAAAUGAGGUCAUUGCAAAGA